GUAUAUUUGUUUCACUUCAAUAUAUUGCACCAGUUCAGCAGUGCAACUACAAAGAACAGGCCUAUAAACUCGGCCAAUAAAUGCCGCCCUAGAUCCAUCGUAAGGUGGCAUUCGGAUUCUCCAUCUGAGUAUAUCUCGCGAGAUACGAUUGGUAGAGAGAGUAGUCUUUAGUUCGUUGACACGGCACAAGAUGGGGGAGUUGCGACAAUAUUUCCCAGCUGAAUUCUCCCCUACGCUUUUGCAUGAUCGAUGAUCGAGAGCCGAAUGACGUUCGGGCGGACGAAUUGAUUAUGGAAUACGUGUUGAUUGUGGAGACGUGAGCGAAUGGGUAAAUAAAUAAGUAAAUAAACUGCAAAUUUAAGCGAUACAUACACGCGAAGAACCCAAGAUGAAAGUGUCAAGCAAUGACAACACAAACGUGCGGAACGUGCAUCUGUAAGAUAGAAUUUUUCUACAUUGCGUACGCAUAUAUACAUAUAUACAGUGCGCUCACAUAACCUCUCGAACUGGAAUGAUCAUGAUGUAUUGUGAUAAGAUAUAAGCAGCGACAACAAGUUCGGAAAGCCUGAGAAAUCUGUGAUUUGCGAGGAUGACCUGUUAUAUAAAAAAUUUAUCUAAUACUACGACUGAUUGAUUACAUUGUGACCCUGUUAGAAGUGUGUAGCUCUGUGUAGCACUUGUAACAACUCUAACGUUCCCAAUAACGUAAAAUACGUAUGUAUAAUAUUGUUAAGUUUCAUAAAACUCUGCGAGCAAGCCCCAUUUCUUUGUGGUCGUUCGAGAAACUUAACAGAUCCUGUGACUUGCAGAGACUGAUAUCCUUCAUUAUCUCAAAUACGUCGCCUGCAAUCAGUCAGUGUCCACUUUCAUACGAUACAUCUAGUCGGUGGGAUUCAGCAGAACCCAAGAUGGGAUCUGAACAGAGCUCGCAGAGCAGCAAUCAGAAUGCCAAUAGUGGGAGGGCGAGGACAGGUCAGCUGAGACGUGGCAAGAGUGUCCCAAAUCGUGAACGAGUGCCUGAAGAUACGCCACCAAGAUGCAUCAGUCCUGGUGCGAGUAUCUGUUCUGAUUCCGAUCUACCAUACAUCUCCUACACGGUUAACCGACCAAUUGGGGACUCCCCAAAGAUGACGAAUAAACAAUCAUCACAACUGUAUCGUGGCAAGAGUCUUGGCGCGGCCGAGAUCUCCAGGCGGAAAAACAGUCUGGCUGGCACGAAUCACGGUUAUAGACAGAAAAGCAUGUCGCAGCAGGAUAAGGCGCAGCAUAGCAUCGUGGUGGUGAAGGCGGCUCAGGCGGACCCAACGGCCGACAAAGAUCCGGAUCUAGUACGAUUACAGAGCAUACCAAUGUUCCUGCCGAUCAUGCGCGGCACAUUGAACCUACCGCCGGGUGUGCGCGACCCAGAAGUGCUCGAGCGCCUCGACCCGGUCGGCCUGUUCAAUUUGUGCGCGCGUUACCAGCAUCACUUGAAUACCAACGCGCAGACUGUGGCCGCUGAACAGGCCGCGCUGUGCGCCAGCAUGGAGACUGACCUCGCUAGGAUGUUGAAUCUAGCGGUGGAGCGACAGAAGAGGUUCGCCAGAUUCACUGAACAGCUCAACAAGGUGCAUGAACUCAGCCGCCAGCUCACCAGGUGCCACUCACAACUCAAUCAGACUCUAGAGAGCCUCGAGACACUCAACAAUCUGCUGCCAGUGGAGGAGAGAUUGGAACCCUUCGUCUGGACCACGGGUUAAGGAAAAGAAAGAGGGAGGAGUGCGAGGAACUCUCUUAAUGCGUGGAAUUUUUUCCCUCGUGUUAUGUGUAAAAUUGUUUCUUUUUUAUAACAAGAGAUAUUGUUUCUAAUUACGUUAAAUCCUCUUACAAUUACACUCUCUCUGUGAUCGAGGAUUAAACGAUUUGUUGUUUUUUUUUUAUUCGUGUUAUAGUUUUCAAUAUGGAUUUUAUGACCAAAGUGUCUCAAUGAUCGAUUUAUUCUUUUUUUCUUUCUCUUUACUGAAGAAUCUUGGGAUCUUAAACUCAUCCUACGCGAGAAAAAAAGGAAGCUGUUUAAAAAUCUGUUUCACCGAUUUUAAUUUUGUCUGUGAUCAAAGUGUCGAGAUCAUCAUCGCUGUGCGAAGAUCGAGAGAAAGAUGGAGAAGAAAUGAAACAUUGACUGUGACAGUGUUUGUCGUUCUAGCAAAUUGUAAUUCCGCGGAAGAAAUCCCAAAAUCUGUGUGCUCCUUGCGCAGAAGUAUCGAUUCCGUGUUACAACCCGAGAACAUGUAUUAUAUUAUAUCUAUUUUUGCGUUAGCCAGCGUAAUAAAGACGAGGUUUAUUACAAAA